AUGUCCUCGAACGCGAACAAAUCAAAGGAGGAACAGUCCUCGUCUCGGGAGCUCAAGGAUGCUCAGGACGCUCUCGACGGAGCAGUUCAGCCUAGCGAGCCUGGUCGUGCAGGCAGGCUAGAGGGGGAGUUCGUAGAUAAAGUGAACGCAGCAGGACAGGCUACCAGCAGCAGCGAUGGCCUCGGUAUCCUGAUGGACGGCGUGAACGGCCUCGUAGAGAGCCUGCCCCCGCUCGUGCGCGCGCUCGACGCCGUCGCACAGAUACACCCGUUCCUCGCCUUGGCCGUGGGCGCGUUCAAAGUCGUCGUCGAGCUGGAGGCGAAGCGCCGCGACAACGACAAGAAGAUCAACCUGCUGUUCCUGGAAAUGCGCAACAUGAUGGCCGCGCUUCUGCAACUACAAGGCGUGCGCACAAACCACAUCGGCGGGGACGGGCUCAGCAUCGGCGCGCGCCUCGAUGACCUCAUCAAGAAGACGGCGAAGGACAUCAAGGAGUGCGCAAACGCGUGCGACACGUACUCGCGCAAGCGGCUGCUCGUCAAGGUACUCAAGGCGCCGAGCUGGGACGGGACGCUGAAGGAGUACAUCCAGCUGUUCAGCGACCGCAAGGGCGAGUUCAACUUUGCGAUCUCCAUCCACACGGGGCUCGGAGUCGACCGCGCGAACGACAAGCUGGACACGCUGAUCACCAAGGUGGACGUCGUGAUCGCGUUCUUCGAGAAGACCGCGCCGCGCGAACAGCGCGCUCUGGUGGAAGCCAUCCGGCAGGAAGGCGGCGCCCAGACGGUGCUCGCGAAGUCCGACGUCCUGCAGGAGCUGCUCCUGAAGGAGCAGCAGCUCGAGGCGGUCGGGCUGCCCUCGACCGAUGCUGCCCCACCCGGAUAUCGCGUGGAAUCAGGGCUCUAUUCUCGCAAGCGCUCAGGCGCGGGGCCGGGUGCGUACUACUACUCGCGGGCGGCGGAGAACCAGCGGGUGCGGAGACGCGUGGAGACGACACGCAGGGGCGGAGGCGGGUACGGGUACCGGCCGAGCUACAGCCCGCCGCGCCGAGGGAGAGAGCGGCCGUAUGAGUACACGGGGCGGGAGGAGUGGCCGGAGGACGGCCGGGAGGGCGUGGAGGAGGAGCGGGAGGGCAGCGUUGAGCUGAAGCGGCUGAUGCGGGAUUUGGCGGACGAGCCGGCGGUCGCGAUUCGCAAGAACCUUGUGUGGUUCACGCGGAAGUUCGCGAUCCAGCAGCGGGAGAUCGUGCUGGAGAUGACGGCGGUGGUCGUGCAUGAGGGCGACCGGGUGAUCAGCUCGGUGCUUGCGG